UUGAAUGAAAAGAAACGGUAGGCAGGUAUUAAAAAUUUUAUUGUAGUGUUUUUUUAAUUUUCACAUGGAGCAAGUAUCAUCUACGCUUCAAGAACAUUUGGCUUUAGAUAAGAAACAUUGCAAUGAAGUAUUUUCUCUUCCUUCCUUGCAAGUAUUUCAGGUUCAUAAUGAUCGAUGUAAUAUAUUAAAAGUGACUGUGGUAGAAGCACAUAAAAUAACAAAAGGAUGGGUUAGAGAUUUAGUUGACAAACCAGACCCUUAUGUGGUUUUGUACAUUCCUGGCAGUCCAAAUGGAAAAAAGAAGACUAAAUAUUUUGAUAAUACUGCUAGUCCCACUUGGAAUGAAGAAUUCACAUUUAUUUUAGAUCCUGAAAAAUGCUAUGAAUUAGAAUUAACUUUAAUGGAUGCCAACUAUACAGUGGACCGAAAACUGGGUGUUGAAAAAAUACCACUUCUUGAUUUGAAUUUCCAUGAGGAAACUUCAAUUACAGUAAAAUUUAAUGAAGUCACAGAAAUAAUUUUAAAACUACUUUUAGAAGUUGAUGAUAAACCAGAUCUUCGUUAUGGACUAUCACUAUGUGAUAAAGAAAAAGACUUCAGAAGACAAAGGAGAGAUGUUGUGAAACAAUCUUUACAAUUUCUAUUUCCUGAAACUACUCCACUCAAAGAUAGUGAAGUUCCAAUAAUUGGUAUUAUUGGUUCAGGUGGAGGGUUUCGAGCUAUGACUGCUCUUAGUGGGGCUAUGAAGGCUCUUGCUGAUACUAAAUUACUUGACUGUGCCACAUAUGUUGCUGGAUUAUCAGGAUCUGCUUGGUACUUAUCAACACUUUAUUCUCAUCCUGAUUUUCCUUCUAAGAAACCUGGAGAGCUAUUAGAUGAAUUAAAAACAAAUGUUCGUCACAGUCCAUUUUGGCUUUUAAGUCCACGCUCCAUGUAUCGUUACAUAUCAGAUAUAAAACAAAAGCAUAAAAAUGGACAACCUGUUAGUUUCACAGAUUUCUUUGGGCAUUUAUUGGGUGAUACUUUACUUAAAGGUAGACAACAAGUUCGUUUAUCAGAGCAGAGACAAAAGAUUGAUCAUGGUGAAGCACCUUUACCUCUUUAUACUUGCUUACAUGUGAAAAACAAUGUUUCUGCAAAAGUAUUUCAAGAUUGGAUAGAAUUUACUCCAUAUGAAAUUGGAAUUUCAAAAUAUGCAGCUUUUACAAAAACUGAAGAUUUUGGCUGUAAAUUUUUCAAGGGCAGAAUUGUGAAGCGUUUUCCUGAAUUUCCUCUGCACUAUCUGCAAGGUAUAUGGGGAAGUGCUUUUACAAUACUCUUCAGAAGACUCCUUCAAGAAAAAACAAAAUUGUCUAUUGAUCUUAAUGCUUUACCUACAAUUGAUUCUGAUGAAGAAGAAGAUAUAUUUUUUGAUGCUGAAGAAGAAUUUAAAGAUGAAGAAGAUGCCCUCCGGGAUGCACUUGGGAACCUAGAUCUUGGUUCUGGUGGAAUAGAUGAUAUUCAAUCUGAAAAUGAAGAAGAAGAAGAGACAUUUGAAGAUACACCCAAAAUGAUGUUCUGGUCAACUAUGAGAAAUUAUUUUGCAUCUAAACAACUUAAAACAUCAUGGUCAUUAGCUUCAUUUCUAGUCCAGAAAAGCAAAGCAAAUUACUUAGAAAGCAGUUGUGCUACUGAAGAAGUUGAUGGCAAAAGAAAGCAUAGCAUUUGGAAAGAUUUUGUCAAUAAUAUUUGCACAAAUUCUAUUUUGGAUACACGAAAAGGAAGGGCUGGAUGCAUUUUGAACCCUCUGAGAGGCUUAUCUCUUAUCCCUUGCUUUUCUUUCUCUCCUUUUUCUCCAACAUCCCCCAGUGAUGAUAUGUUAUUCAAAGGACUUACUGAGCCAGCACCAACUGAUUCAAAAACAUUGUACUUAGUGGAUGGUGGCCUAACUUUCAAUUUGCCAUUUCCUUUACUUUUAAGACCUCAAAGAUCUAUAGAUUUGUUUAUAACAUUUGACUUUAGUAGUCGUGAAGCAGAUCAUACAGCUCCAUUCAAGGAAUUACUCCUUUCAGAAAAGUGGGCUCGCAUAAAUAAUUGUCCUUUUCCACCUAUACAUGAUCUUGUAACUGAAUUCAUAAAGCAUCCACCUAAAGAAUGUUAUGUUUUUAAACAUCCUACAAAUGAAAUGUGUCCAAUAAUUAUCUACUUUCCACUUUUCAACUUGGAUUUCAAAAAGUUUAAACAACCAGGUGUUCUAAGAGAAACUGAAGAAGAAUUGGAAUUUGCAAAUUUUGGUAUAUUUAGUGAUUGUAAAAAGGCUUAUUCCAUCUAUAAUUUCAAAUACCCAGCCAAAAAAUUUGAUAGACUUUCCCAACUUAUGGAAUUUAAUGUCCUUAAUAACAUGCAUAUUAUUAAAGAAAAUUUAUUAAUUGUUAUGGAGAGAAAAAGGAAGUUUAUGGCUCCAGUAUCACUAGUUUUGAAUGAAAAUUGUGAGAAGUGAAAUUUCUACAGCAAAUGAUUUUAAAGCUGUUUCAUGGAAAUAUAAUCUUUGUAUACAUGUUGGAAUUUCUUAUAUUUAUCUUUAUAUAAGAUUUUUAAGAUAUUUCUUAUAUUUAUAAUAAGUAGCUCUGAAUACACAUUGGUUUAUUUCAAGAUCUAAAGAACUCAUUUUUAUAAUCUAAGUGAAGUUGAGAUUCUGCUCAUAUAAAUCGUAAAUAUAUGAAAUAAUAUAAUUUAAAUUAUUAAUAUGCUUUUAUAAAAUAGAUUUAACUAUCAAAUAUUCUAUUCAAUAGAAGUGUCAAUGCACAUUUUAGUUUUUGA